AUGCUCCGGUGGUUCAACUCCUGGAUAUUUUCAAAGUCGUCGUCUCUGUCGACCAAAGAUUCAACCCCCAACGCUCGAACUAUGGCGGCCACGCCUCAUAUCAAAUCCACGGCUCAGCUGGAGGUCAUAGUUGUCGGUGCUGGGCUAAGUGGCCUUGCGACAGCAGUAGCGACAGCAUUGUCAGGACACCGAGUGACGGUUUUUGAAUCCGCCAAAGAGCUCCUUGAGGUGAAAAAGCACCAAAUAUUCGCAUCUUAUGAGUACCAGUGUAUUGACAAUGCUUCUCAGGUUGGAGCAGGCCUUCAAGUAACGCCAAACUCUACCCGCAUCCUCCAAAGAUGGGGCCUUCCAGACAGACUCUGGAAAUCGGCCUCAGAGCCGACAUCUCUUGUAGUCCAUCGCUACUCCGGAAAAGUUUUAGCCAAGGAAGAGGACUUUGACAAGAAGAUCCGCGCAAAGUACCAGGCCCCCUUCAUCGACCUGCACCGCGUGGAUCUUCAACUGUCUCUGUACGAACGCGCCAAGGAGCUUGGCGUGCAGUUCAAGCUCGGUGAGAAGGUGGAGAACAUCGAUUUCGAGAUUGCCGAGCUCACGACGCAGUCUGGUGUGAAGGCGAGAGCGGAUUUGAUCGUGGCAGCCGAUGGUCUGUGGUCGCGAUCCCGAGCGUGCUAUCUGAAGAAAGACGACCCUCCUCUGGCGACGGGUGAUUUGGCGUACCGCCUCGUUCUGGACGUCAAUCAGAUCUCCGACCCGGAACUGAAGGAAUGGAUUACGAAGCCCUCGGUUCACUUCUGGAUCGGUCCUGGCGCCCACUGUGUCGGCUAUUCUAUGAGAGCAGAGAAGUUGUACAACAUCGUGCUGCUGGUGCCUGAUGACCUGCCAGAUGGAGUGAGCCGACAAGCGGGAUCGGUUGAGGAGAUGAGAUCACGAUUCGAGGGCUGGGAUCCCAUCUUGGUGAAAUUCCUUGAUGCUGUUGACAGCGUUGAGAAGUGGAAGUUGAUGCACAGGGAGGAACUCAAUUCAUGGGUGAACGAAAAGUCCAACUUCGUCUUUGUCGGCGAUGCAUGCCACCCAAUGCUUCCCUACCUCGCUCAGGGAGCAAACUCGGCUGUCGAGGAUGGUGCCGUUCUCGGACUUUUGUUGGGCCACAUCACAAGCAAGUCACAGUUGCCUACAGCGUUGAGGCUAUACGAAAAGUUGCGGAAAGCGCGAGGCGAUGCAAUUGUGAGAGAAACAUUCAAGCAGCGUGAGUCGUUUCACAUGCAUGAUGGUCCAGAGCAAGAGGCCAGAGACCAAAUCUUUUUAUCGCAGCUCGGCAAAGAGUUGAAGGGCCCAUUCCCGAGCAGAUGGACAUGCCCAGAGGUUCAGCCGUGGUUGUACGGCUACGACGCGUACAAGGAGGUCGAGGAAGCGACGAAGAACGAUCCCUUUAGCAAAGCAAACCUUUAA